AUAUAGCUCCAAGUAAAGUUACCGAUAGAAGUAGACGAAAGAGGGGAUGCCUUCCGAGGCAUCCCCAAGCUUUGGCUUUUAGGUGCGGAAAUCCACAUUGGCUCUCGGGUUCAUAUGCACCCGGAAUCUGGACCACAGGUUCGCAUCGAGAUUCGCACAUGGGCUCGUAUUUCAUCUCGUAUUUUCCUGGGUAUAUUCAGUGGUGGUCCACAUGUCAGAUCAAUAUGUCCAGCUGUGGUCCUCAUCCGCGUCGUUUAGUACAGAUGCAUAUGGAUGGAGAUGUACCAAACAAGGAUGGAAAUGGACCAACGUCUGGAAACGGUGCGGGUUGCCGAGCAGAUAUUUCUACACACCUCCACCGCUGGCCCCCACCACUUGCUCGUUCUCCCAUCUCAUGCCCGUCUCCUUCCUCUGCACUCCUCCGCCUCACCCAAACAGCUCCGGCAAUGGAGUCAUCUUCCUCCUCCAUCAGGCGCCGCACUACCCCGCCUGCUCUGCUGCUGAUCCCAUGCCCAUUCUGCAGAGAUAGGAUCAUCACAAACAUUUGUGGCCCCCGCGGAUCCCAGCCGGGGAACCGCUACUACAAGUGCUGCAAGAAAGAUUCUGGGAAAUGCCCGUUCUACGAGUGGCAGGAAGGUUACGAAGCGUACCUGGUGGAGCAAUCAGCUGCGGACGGAGCAGCACACAACCAAGAAAUUUUUCAAGCUUUGCCAAGAACAGUAGCUCAGAGGGGCAGCUUCCUUGGAGCUCGUCAGCUACAGGACCUGUUAGGUUCAACACCAUGCUGGGCAUCGCCAAUCUGUUGGCCACUCUGCUGCUCAUCGCCUUCGCAUUUGUUGUAUUCGUCACGAUGUACUUUGCUCGUUAGUCAUAGCUCUUGCAUCGGAUCCAGUGUGACUGUAUCUGUAAUUUGGUACCGAAUGUCUUCUUGCCUUGGCUAUUAUGAAGAAUGUUUAUGGGAGUGGCUCUGUUUUCCAAAUUAUUCUAAUUUAAACUAAUGAGACAGGAACUUAGCCAAUCACCGUUUGACACGCCUCACUUAGCAGCUGUCAUUUUUUCCUCGAUUUCUCUAGUGCAUUACAGUCCAGAACAGAGGGCACCAAACGGCCAUGCAAACCUGUGACCUGGGCAUAUUUCGGUCCAACCACACCCACCCCCCCACCGGCAUCCCCCACCUCCCCCCAAUCUUCUUCCCCUUGGGGCACCACGGCGAUCUAGGCCACCAGGAGCUGCCUCAUCGUCGUUUCUGCACCACCGCGAUGAUCUUGGCGGCCCGCCGCAGUCAGAGAUCUCAUACAUGCACCGGAACUGCAUCUGCAAUACGAGGGGCUCAUGCCCGACCAGUUUAGUAGCGUAGCAGAGAUGGGUAGCAAUGGACAAGCUGCAGAUAUUGGUUGCCAGAAUUCUACUGAGAGCCAUGGCGCAACCACAGAUAUCCUCCCACCAAACACUACAUCUAGGAGUUCAGUUAGGCACGCUGUUUCUGUUAUGAAAGGUUUCUGCGAGUACAAAUGUUGGCUAGUAAAAUAAAUUGGUUUUGGUGGUAUGCUUGAUUUGCCAAUGAUACAGAAAUUGAACCUGAAGCUUAGUUCCUGGGUCAUGAGUAAGGUGGAGGUUAGCCAGAAAGCAAUUAUUAUUAGUGGCAGGAAGACCCUGAAGUUCAGUUCCGCAGAUGUUGGAAUGGUUUUCGGUAUCCCAUCCGGCAACCGAGAUGUGCUUGGACCCGACGGAAACAUUAACGAAGAGUCAAUUUCCUUCAUCAAGAAAACCUUAGGGAUGGACCUAGCUUCUUCUCACAGCCUGCGGUCGGCGGAAGCGUUCCUCAAGAGAGACAUCACAGAUCAAUCUAGCAAGAUUGAGAAGGAAUGUUUCCAGAUAGCAUUUGUCAUUUUUGUGAUGGGUCAUGUUCUAGCUCCGUCCUGCAAACACGACUACAAGACCAUCGAUUUCUGGGGUGCACUUUCAAAAGCCGAGAACAUUCCUCAAUUCAAUUGGUGUGACUAUGUCAUGCAAUGCUUGCUUGAUGCUGUAACUAAGCUCAAGAUGGAUAUCAAGAACGGAGUUAGUACUACGAACCUCACAGGAGGGCACCUAUUUCUGCAGGUCAACACCUUUCUUUUUCAGGGUAUUAUUCAUGUUUUUGGCCCUAAACAUUUCAAAACGGUGUGUUUCACCAUUAUUUUGUUGAUGCAUGUUUUCUACCUGGACAAUCUUGAUCUGGGCAUAUUCAACAAGAAGCAUGAUGUCCUCCCCCGCGUCAAUGUGUUUGACCAAGAUACCUUACGAAAAAUGGCUACAAUGGCCACAGACGUUGGAUUACCUGAGCCAUCUUUCUCCUCUGCUCCACUCAGAGACCCGUCCACAGUAUGUUACUCGCGAAGCAGGCCUCAGAAAGAGCCUGUCACACCAUCCAUGUCAGCUCCUCUAGCAAGCAACAACCCGUUGUCGCAGCACCAAGCAACAGCCAGAAAGACUGUCCCAUGCAGGCCGCCAACCAAUGCUAAUCAACAGUUAUCCCCUGCCAUUUCCCCCAGGCAAUUGUCCGCACUGGAUUACUCUAACCAUAUCGCACGACAUUUUCCACUCGUGUCAAAACAACCAAUUGCCGUCCUCCUAUGUGAACAAAAUGCGAGAGCGAUCCGUCAUGUGACCACUGCACGACACAACAUACAAACUGACAUGGUGAACUUCACAGACAAGCUAUUCGCCGCACUUGCAGCCAACUGCACAUGCUGUGCUGCCAGGGGGUUCUCAGACUGUCCACUCCAGUUUGUUAAUGAUAGUGCAACUCCGAAAUCACAUACGGUACAGCCAGAACAUUCCCACCCUAGCAGUUCCAACAACAUGUCCAACUUCAACACACCAGUCUCUGACAAAAUACAAGGUGUCCGACUUCAACUAUCUGAUGAUGAAGAGAGCUCCUCACAGAGACAAAGAGUGCUGAAGCGUCCAAGGUGCUCAGGAUCUAGUUUGGUGAAGGCACAAACGUCCGUUCAGAAAUGCCCUGUCAUCCACGGCACCAACGAUUCAUCAAUGAACGAAGAAAUUUGCGCAGCAGAUCAAAAAUAUGCCCGCUGCAUUUUAGCAUCCAUCAAGGACAUAUAUGCCGAUUGCAUUGGGAAUGAGUCAUCAUCUGUUAUAUUUGGCGUCAACUGUGCAGCCAUACCCAAAAGGAAGAUCCUCACGCAGCUACGCAUCCAACCCUUGGUUUGCAGGGCGUCCGGUUGUCCCAGGACCAACUCACUCCGCAGAACUUCUUGAGGUUCACUUCUCAUCUCUGUCAGUCAAACACAUUGCUAGGAACUGGAUAGUACACAACGACCCUAGGUUGGUAAGGAUUUCCGGGAAGGAUUUGCAAGAGCAGCUGCUAGGAGCAGCAAUGCUUGACCAUGAACUAGGAUGUGUUAUUCUACGCCGCCUGAAGCACCCAUUGUCGUCUGAUUGUGACCAUGACCAUGACCAUGAACUAGGAUGCUUGACAAUGAGUGAUUGUGCUCAACCCGGUGCUCUGUGAUGUACCACCCAUUGUCGUCUGUUCUCAACAAACAGAUCAUUGCUGGGCAUUCACAUCUGCAAGACAUGCUGUUUUCCUUUAA